GCAGGGGGCCCCACAGCCCCGCUCCGGGACCCGGGUUAAGGGUCACUCCCAGGACCAGGGUAGACCAGUCGUAAGCAUGGCGCAGGGGAAGCAGAAGUUUAAACCUCAGCCGGGGGGAGCAAAGAAGCCCAACAGCAAGCCGAAGGGGAUGAGGAAGGGAGCGAGGACCAUUGCCCCUAAGAAGGCCAAGGUCGUGGCGCAACACAAGCUGAAAAACAUCCUGGAGGUGGCCAUCAGGAAUAAGAUCGAGCAGGACGUGACCCAGAACGCCAGCACCAAGCUCCACAAACGGCUGAGCGUCCUCAAAAUGCCCGCCACUAAAGGCCCCAAGCUGCCCGCUGGAAACUCCAAGAUCUGAGGACCCCAUCCCCUCCAGGUCCACCUGGAGACCCCUGGACCUCCAUUUUGACCUGGAGACCCCUGGACCUCCCCCUUCGGCCCACCUGGAGACCCCAGGACCUCCCCCUUCGGCCCACCUGGAGACCCCAGGACCUCCCCCUUCGGUCCACCUGGAGACCCCAGGACCUCCCCCUUCGGCCCACCUGGAGACCCCAGGACCUCCCCCUUCGGCCCACCUGGAGACCCCUGGACCUCCCCCUUCGGUCCACCUGGAGACACACCCCAAUGGACUCCAGAUGUUCCUGAGGCCCAGUGCGUUCCAGGCUGAGUCCACUUUGAUAACGUUCAGAAUCUAAUGCUCCUUGUUUAAUCUUUGAUCAAAGUCUGAGCAGUGUGUUUAAAUAUAUUUGAUCACCUCUAUAUAUAGCCUACUACUAUGCAUUUUUUGUAAUUAAAAUAUAGUGGUUGUCA